AUGUCUUCCACUGUCACGUACAGUAGAAGGAAGAAUAGUCGCUCGGCAAUGGGUGAGGCCAUACCUUUCACAUUAGCUGGUGACCUCGGUGGCACAAAGAUAGUUGCCAAGAUGCCUUCUCGCUAUCAACGAGGCCAGCGCGGGUUCGCUGGAGUUCCCUCCUUGAGUCACAACGACAAACAGGCCUCCCUCCUCGCGACCACUGAAAACGAUGUGUCUCCGAGCAUCUCAACAUCCGGCCGACGACUAUCUGACCUCGAACUCCCGCACCCUGAACCAGACAAGCAGUCAUUGCGACGUCCCUCCCUGCCGAGGUCUCAUACGACUUGCAAUGACAUGCGUGUCGACAAGACUCGGAGUGCAAGCUCGCGAGGCACACACCUCGAAUCGCUGGCGAAGCUCGAGGGGAAUGCCAAGGGAGCUCUGUCAAGCUCGGCCACCCUUGCAUCGGAUAUCAACAUGAAGGUUGAAGCGAUGCUUGCAGCCACGGCGAGCCUCAAGCCAGAAAAGCAGUAUCAGGCAGAGCAGAACAAUAGCUCCGGUCCUUCCAUGCUGUCUCGGCUCAAGAGUACCAAGUUUUUCAGCAAAGUGAGCCACAAGGUCUCGCAAACGGUACAUGACAAGUGGAACGGUAACAAGCUUAAGGAGGUAGACGAUCUCCCACCCUUGCCCGUGACUCCUUGCGCUUUGCGUUCUGUCAAAUUGUCUCCAGUCUCAGCAUUGGCAUUGCGGUUGAACGAGGGCGACAACUUGAACAAAUACAAAGUGAAAAAGCUCACGGGGGGGAAGACCACCGAGGGCGCCAUUCUACGCAAACCCUUGCCAAGCCAGGCAAGUUCCACCAUACUCCAGGACUCGUCCAGAGGUCCCUUCCAUCAACCCGCUGCAGGCUCGUCAGCGCAAACAAGCUGUGACACUCGUUCGACGCAUUCGGCCACUGAUCUGGCCACAUACACACCCCAUACUCCCAGUCCUGACCCGUUCGAGUCGGAAAACAUCAUGGAGGGCCAGCAUAAUUAUUUGCUCGAGUGCGAGCCCGUUGGCAGUUCGACUCCACGGAAACGCAAGAGUGCUCAUGACCUCGAGGGCUUGGUGUCUCCUGCUGCUUCCCAAACCACGAGUGACAUCCAGACUGACGAGGAAGAUGCCUCUGACAACACCGUCUUGCAUCGAAUGGUGGAAGGUAAUUCUCGGGAUUCUCAGGUGGAACUGGAGGACGAAGAUUCGGAUGCGGAAACAUCCUCCUCCGAUGAGGACGUCGGAUUGUACCCAGCACUGCCGACACCGAGCAACGACUCGGACCCUUCUGGCUCACUGCUUCGAAAGAAGCAUCCGUCUCCUACCAGGAGGCAGCUGAGGUCGCUCCAGCGACGAGUGGAAUCGCCAGGCUUUGCUAGCCGACGACCUAGACAGGUUUACCUGACCCCUACCCCUGAGCUGUCGGCUUCCAGGGCCCGGAGAUCUCCAUAUGAGCUGGGCUCGCCAGUCAAAAAGGACCAGAAUAGCUCGAGGCUUCUUCUCAAACCCAAGCCAAUGCAUGCUGCCGCUCAACUGGCCGCUCAUUUGCUGGAGGAUGAUGUGCGCACCAAGAGGCACCCAUCUCCGUCCAGAGACGAGCUCGACGAGUUGUCAUUUGAAUUGCACCGGAUGAUGAGAGAGGCUAGACGAAUCCCUGGGCCCUCCCAUGAGCCGAAGCAGACCACCGACAACCACUGUCCAUCUGCUGAGAGUGGCGGGGAGUCCGGUAUAGCUGGCGAGAACCGGGGCCGCACAGGCUCUUGCACCAUGGGAGCCGAUUUUGGGGGCGUAUUUGACAGCAAGGAGACAGACCGGGACAAGUUGCUCGGCCAAGAUGUCCGAGACGAACUGACCGAGACAGGCCCUGCUGCUUCGAAGAGGCUGCCGGGUCGUCGCAAGAAGACGCUAUCACAGGUAGCUGUAUGUUCUUCAGAGUCCGACUAUGAGGACAUGAUGGCCGAGGACGAGCUCCAGGGUGCAGCUGCAGACCCCUGA